UCGAACGCGCAGGAGAACUACGCAUCAUUAUAUUGAAAGAGAGAAAGGUCCGAAAUGGACCAAAGUACAAUACCACAACAGGCAAAAAAUAAAAAGGAAAAACAGUACAGCCUCAUGCACUAGGAAUAGCCCUGACCCUAGCAAAUGCAGCCAGAAGUCCGAGACUCUCGAGCUGCUUCGCACCAACCAUACACCAGCACUCCACCUCAUCCAAGAAAAGCCUCUGAAUGGUGCUCAAUAAAGGAUUGACACCAUCAAAUACCGCCUUAUUGCGAUGCAGCCAUAAACACCAGGCCCCCAGGAUAAUGAGACUAUGAAUACCUUUUCUGAUUUGUUUGGGAACUCUCCUUUGCACCUUGUCCCACCAAUCCACAAAAGAGCCCGCCUCUCUAGUAGGCGUAAGAUGGCCCAUCCUCAAAGCUGAAAAUAUAAUAUGCCAAAAUUGUCUAGCAAAACUGCAUGAGCACAAGAGGUGCAAGAUAGUUUCCUGCUCUUGAUCACAUAAUGGACAAACCACCGGGUGCGGUAGUCCUUUCCUCUGAAGUCUAUCCACAGUCCAACAUUUAUUCCUUAUUGCCAGCCAAACAAAAAAUUUGCAUUUGGGGGGUGCCCACGACUUCCACACCCAUUUCCAUGGCUGGAAAGAAAUAGCUCCCAUAAAAAACGCCGAAUAACAAGAUUUUGAGGAGAAUACUCCAGAGCUCGAGUGCACCCACACAUGUCUGUCCUCCUCCUGAUUAAGCACCACUCCACUUAAAGCAUCCCACAGCUACAAAUACUGCUGUAGACCAAUCAAAGAUAAAAGAUUCGCGAUAUCGCAAACCCAUUGCCAAUUAUGCAACGCCUGAGCAACGGUUCUCGAAUUAAAUGGCCUGCUACUCACCAUACGUACAACUUCAGGGGCAAAAUCUUGUAUCCUCUGCCCAUUCAACCAUCUGUCCGACCAGAAAAAAGUAUUGGUCCCAUUCCCAACAACAGAGACCAUCGAAGAUUUAAAAAAUUGUCUAACUUGUUGCUGCAAGGGGAUACUCAAACCAAACCACGAUGGAGAAGGUUGAUCAAAACUUGGGGAAAAAUAACUUGUUGAGGAGAAGCAUAAUGCUUAUCAAACAUUGGUGUUAUUAUGAAAGCUGCAUUCUUGGUGCUCAACGUGGUUUGGUUUCCACUUAUGCUUUGGAGACAUUAGUGCUGUACAUUUUCCAUGUCUUCCACAAGUCUCUGGAUGGUCCAUUGGCUGUUCUCUAUAGGUUUCUUGACUACUAUAGCAAAUUUGAUUGGGAUAACAAGGGGAUCAGCUUGUUUGGUCCUAUUUCACUAUCUUCACUACCCGAGCUAGUCACCGAGCCACCAUAUACUCGUGAUGAUGGUUUUCUCUCACGGGAGGCGUUUCUCAAAGACUGUGCUAAGGCUUUUAGUGUCCCCCCAAUAAACUCUGAGGAAAAUCCGCAAGUAUUCUCCAAAAAGUUUGUGAAUAUAGUUGACCCAUUGAAGCAGAGUAACAAUCUUGGACGCAGUAUCAGCAAAGGAAACCUUGGCCGGAUACGCAAGGAAUUCUAUUUUGGUGCUUGCAAGCUCGGCAAGAUUCUUCAGGCGCCCGCGUGUUUCUCUGCCAACGAAAUCAACCGGUUUUUCAGGAACACAUUAAGCAGGGCAGAUGUUCCGGUGAGCUCUCCUGAUGAUGUUCUACAGGCCGCUAGUGUUUCUGCGUCACCGGGCAACAAGGGCGUGGAAGGAGUCAGCAAGGGCAGUUCACCCAACAACUCGUGUGACGUUCUGUGCAAUCAGUUCGGUUACAUUAAAAUCUCAGAUUCCAACAAUGCGCUGCAGAAUCUGGUCGUGGACAGGCCCGCUUAGGCUGUACCUGCACAUGGUCAUAGAACCUCCAGCAGCUUACUCAUCUUACUUUCUACCAUAUUUUUUUUAAAAAAAACUUCCACAUUAUAAAGAAUACAGUCUAUGGUAUAAAAUAAUGUUUUACAUGGCUGUAUACACGGACCGCUGAUCAUAGCCUAAGUCGUUGUCGUUGGUGGCCACAACAACUGUGAAUGGUGUGUAUAAAAGGAUGGGCCAACAAAUUACGAGAUUAAUUGUGCAUAAGGUUAGCUCAUUGCGAAGCUAGGCACAUAAAUUUUCUUUUGUUAAUAUGUAUAUUUAUGUUCUUCGUAAGGAAAUGUCUAGAUCAAGAAAAUGUGGCCCAUGGAUAAUAUUUUAUAUUGUAAUAGACGUGAUUGACAAAGACUUUCACCAUAUA